UACAGAUUCCAGAAGAAGGAGGUUGAAAGAAAUCUUAUCCUUAAAAAGGGUUAUUGGAAGCACAAGAGGAGAUGAUCAUAAUGAGGCAGCAUGGGGCCCAGUCCUACGGGGAGAGAAUAGAGGGCUGCGGGAUGGGGUAGUGCGAUGCCCAACUCGACGGAGGGAGGUUGGUUCCCUGGGCGGAGCUCCCCCUACAGCACGGCAGAGGCUGUGGUGAUCGGCGCCCUCCUCUUCGCGGUCAUCCUGGUCACGGUGGUGGGAAACAUCCUCGUCUGCGUAGCCGUCUGCCUGGUGAGGAAGCUCCGCCGGCCUUGCAACUACCUCCUCGUGUCCCUCGCCGUCUCCGACCUCUGCGUCGCUAUCCUCGUCAUGCCGAUGGCCCUCCUCUACGAGAUCCUCGGCACCUGGAACUUCGGCCCCAUCAUGUGCGACGUCUGGGUCUCAUUCGACGUCCUCUCCUGCACCGCGUCUAUUCUCAACCUCUGUAUGAUCAGUGUCGACAGAUACUACGCCAUCACAAAACCCUUAGAGUACGGGGUGAAGCGAACCCCUAAACGGAUGAUCGCCUGCGUCUCGCUGGUGUGGUUGGGGGCGGCUUGCAUCAGCCUCCCGCCCCUCCUCAUCCUCGGAAACACCCACGGCGAGACCCAGGACCGGCCUGGCCUCCAGUGCCUCGUCUGCCAGGACUUCGCCUACCAGAUCUACGCCACCGUCGGCUCCUUCUAUUUCCCGCUGUCCGUCAUGAUGUUCGUCUACUACAAGAUCUUCAGGGCGGCGAGGAAGAUCGUCGAGGAGGAGCGGCGGGCUCAGACUCACCUCGAGACCAGCCAUUGCUUCCUCGAGAUCUCCAAGAACGGCUCCGGGCCGGAGAGCAGGCUGGCAGGGAACUCCCCUUCGAGGCAGCAGCACAGGACCAGUACGACCAGUACUAACACCACCUGCAGCAGCUCAGCUGUCGGGGUGACGAGGGUCAGCAGCGAGUCGCAGUGCCCUAUGUUGAGCCGUCGGCGCCGCUGGCUCCCACCGCAACCUGCCGGCCCUUCCAGGAAGCUCAGGUUCCAGCUGGCCAAGGAGCGGAAGGCCUCGACCACGCUGGGCAUCAUCAUGUCCGCCUUCACUAUCUGCUGGCUGCCCUUCUUCGUCCUGGCUCUGGUUCGCCCUUUCCUAAGCGACCCCGGAGCCAUCCCCAACUCCCUGUCAUCCCUUUUCCUCUGGCUCGGCUAUGCCAACUCCCUCCUCAAUCCUGUAAUUUACGCGACCCUCAAUCGCGACUUCCGGCGUCCCUUCCAGCAGAUCCUCUACUUCCGCUGCGGCUCCCUCAACCACAUGAUGCGGGAGGAGUUCUACCAGUCCCAGUACGGCGACCCCGUCCACAUCCAGGACGAGCCGACCUGUGACGUGAUGCCCGUCUCCGAGCUCCGCAGCGGCCACGAGUCCUUCCUGUGAUAGGUACGCCCUUCUCCCGCAGAAUCCGGGAUCCUCUGAGUCCAUCAUCCUACCAAUCUUACUUUAGUUACCCUCAAUGUAUAAAGUACUUUCUAUAAUACUCGUACUUACUGAAAAUGAUGGAAAUUAAUAGUGGUUUGAAGUUGGAUCAGAUAAAUUUUACCCUGAAAUUAUGAAGAGAAAAAAAUAAAUUUUUGUAUACAGGUUUUCUUCCCUCACACAAUUCAAUAAGUAAAUCUUUACUGUCAACCCUAAUCACAUAUUUAAAAUAUUAACCUAUGUGACCUUCGACGGAAUAAAGGAAUAAAAAUUGUUAUCUUCGUCAACCUUCAAUUAAACAUAAAAUUUACAACGAGUCGAUAAGUGAUUUCUUGUAUUUGAUAAAUUUUUAAUACUCUCUGGGCUGGAUGUUGUGCAGUUUGCACUUUAAAAUUCCAUUAGAUUAUAAUUCCUUUCAUAUAUACUACGAUGUAAAUAAUUAUUAUCUGUUUCAAUUGUAUUAAUAUUUUUAUAAAACCGCCAAAAAAGAAAAAUAAUAUUUCUUCACUCUGAAUAUGUUAUUACUUUCAUAAAAUAAUAAUUCCAUACAAAUAUCUAAAAUCCAGUGUAAAUAUUGGAUACGUUGAAAUUAAUUAAGAUACAUAAAAAAAUAUGAAAAUAAUAGAGGAAAAAAUUUAAUUGAAUAGGAGUUAUUUAAUAAAUUCAAUAACAUUGGAACAAGAUGUAGAAAAAAAAUCUAAUAACAUUUAUUUAUUGAACUUACAGGUUCAUUAAUUUUAUUAAUUAAAAACAAUCAAAUCAAAUCAGCUGCAAUUCCAUGAUUUUUAAUUCAUUUAUAUUUGUGUAUUCUAAUUCCCAUUGAAUGAUAUAAUUCGUUAUUUUCUAAUUAUCUUCAUCAUUUUCCAUCCUAUCUAUUUAAAUUCCAUUAAUACAUAUGAUAUAUUUAAUGAAG